CCUUAGCCAGACCGGAGAUCCGCCAAGAACUUUAUGUAUACAUAUAGAUAUAUAUAUAUAUAUAUUAUACUGUUGGUGGUUCGAAUUCGAUACUUUCCUUUCUUAAUCGCAAAUAUUUGUGUCUAUUUAUUUAUAUACCAAAAGCGAAAAAAUCUGGAGUAAUUGCGGGAAUAUGGCGGACAGUUGGUGUUCGUCAGGUCCCGUUUUAUCCAAGCUUCCUGUCUCGCCUUUUCGAUUCUGUUGCCAACAUCUUCCUUCCAGACCUUUCUUCGUUCCAAUGGCUUCUCGUUUCCGUUGCUCCUCCUCCGCAGCUGCACCCGACCUGCCCUCAUUGCUCGUUUUCUCAGGUGGCACUGGAUUUAAUGGUGUUGUUGAAGAGCUCCGGAGGUUAACAACUCGUGUUGCCCAUGUCCUUCCUGUUUCUGAUGAUGGAGGAAGUACAGCUGAGAUUGUUCGUGUUCUUGGUGGUCCUGCAGUUGGGGACAUAAGAUCGAGAUGUUUGAGAUUGUCUGACCAAAGUACUUCUGAGGCUCUUGCUGUCCGAAGAUUACUUGGCCAUCGUUUGCCUAUAGAUGUGAAGAAGGCAAAAGCAGAAUGGUAUGAUAUUGUGGAAGGGAAACAUUCUUUAUGGGAAGGUGUAUCAAGGCCCUAUAGGGAAACAAUUCUAGCUUUUCUGGUGUAUUUUCAGAACGAGGUCCUCCGCCGGCCUAGUGAAUCAUUUUGUUUCAGUAAUGGCAGCAUAGGAAAUUUUUUCUUUGCAGGAGCAAGAAUAUUCUUUCAGUCUUUGGAUGCUGCAAUUUUUUUGUUCUCGCGCGUUUCAGAUAUUCCUUCUGAAAGCCUGGUUCUCCCUGUGAUUUCAACUAAUGACAGGCUUACAUUAGGAUGUGAAUUAUGGGAUGGGACUAUGAUACGGGGUCAGAAUGAAAUUUCUCAUCCCACAAAUGGCUCUGUGCAACCAAUUGAUAAGGUAACCAGUAUUUUUUUCUCAUGUUUUCAGCUGAUAAUGUUUUUAAUUCUUUCUGGUUUUAGGAGUCCAGGCACGAUAUUCACCAUCGAAAAGCUUAAUCUGCAAAAUAGUUGGGACUGUCUUUAUGUAUUACUUGGUAUUGGAGAGGUUAUUUCUUCUAGGUCAGUUCCCAAGGUACUUUUGUUGAAUGGCACUCAUGAUCGUGAGACAAGUGGCUUUUCUGCAUCUUGCUUUGUAACUGCCAUUACAGAUGCUCUAAAUCGGACACAUGGAGAUCCUCAUAACUGUCUAUACAACGCUCCAAGACAGUACAUCAAUACUCUUCUGGUGCCAAAAGAUGGUGAAAUUCCUAUAGAUUAUGAAUGCUUGGCUGGCCGGGGAAUUCUGGAUGUGAUCAAAGUUGACUCUGUACAUGAUCCAAAAGUUGGAAUAGUAUUUGACUCGAAGUCGUUAAUAGAUGCUCUUGCAAAUCUGUUGGGGAGAAAGUAGGCAAAUAACAUGGCAGCAUAGAAAGUUUUGAUCGUACAAGCAAAUUUCCUUAUCAAGUAUGAUGAACUUUAAUCGAAUAUCCACUCAAGUUUAUUUGGUACGAUCUUUCUCAAAGGUGAACUCUCUUAUGUAUUGUGUUGAUUGUUUUCGAACAACUGGUUGGAGAGGAAAAGAUGCAACUCCUUCAAAAUCCUACUUUUCUGCUGACUGCAGAAAAAUGCUGUACCAUAUUGCCUUCUAUGUUUGAUGCUCCACUUCUGACUCCAAAUAACAAAGAGGGUGCGUCCAACUUUGCAAUUUGCAGUCCUUGAGAUUAUAUAUACAUAUAUAUAAAUGUAUCAUGACAUUAUGCAAAUUUUGUAGUAUGUAUGAACAGUUUGUUUUCUAUUUGGUAUAUAGUCAUGCUUGCUGAAUGGAAGAUUUAUGCAGUGUUUCUUGAGAAAA